AUGGGCAAGCGAUCGCGCAACGGACGAGGCGGAGGACGCGGUGGAGGCCGCGGCCGCGGCAACAAGAAGCCGCGUGCUGAUGGCAAGCCGGAGGACUGGCGGGCCGAUAGAUUCGCCGACUGGGUGUACGAGAACGAUAAUUUCGACGCGUAUUACAAGGCGCAGAACAUUGUGGCCGAUGCAGACUGGGACGCAUUCAAAAAGGCGCUGGGCACGCCUCUGCCCACGACAUUCCGCAUCAAUAGUUCAUGUCCGUUCGCUGACCGCAUUCGCGAGCACAUCGAGCAGGAUUUCAAGUUCGACGGCCUGGUGGUGGACGACGAGCCAGUAGAGCCUAUCAGCUGCAUGCCCUGGUAUCCUGACAACCGCGGCUUUACGUGGUCAGUAGAGCGUCGUCGUGUACGCAAGCUUCCGAUCUUGAAGGAGUUCCAGUCGUGGCUUGUGGAGCUCUCCAACAGUGGCAGCAUUACUCGCCAAGAGGCGGUGAGUAUGAUCCCACCUUUAGUGUUGGGCGUGGAGCCGUACCACAAGGUGCUGGACAUGUGUGCUGCUCCCGGCUCCAAGACGUCGCAGCUGCUUGAGUCGCUACACUCGCAGGAGCUCGCGACCGGUAAAACUCCUACCGGCGUCGUGGUGGCCAACGAUGUGGAUCUCAAGCGUGCGUACAUGCUGGUACAUCAGUCCAAGCGUAUCAACUCCCCAGCUCUUCUUGUCACUUGCCACGAAGCCCAGAACAUCCCGUUCCUCGGUAAGGACGGAACCGAGAGCGAAGGUGUGUUCGACCGUAUAUUGUGCGACGCACCGUGCAGUGGUGACGGUACACUGCGUAAGAACCCGCUGAUCUGGAAGAACUGGAGUGCCAAGAACGGAAUCGCGCUGCAUCCGCUACAGCUUCAGAUUGCCAAGCGUGGUGCGACGCUGCUUAAGGUUGGUGGCAACAUGUGCUACUCGACGUGCACGUUCAACCCACUGGAGAACGAAGCUGUGGUCGCUGAUCUGCUGCGAUGGAGUAAGGGAUCGCUUGAGCUAGUGGAUGUGUCUAACACACUGCCACUACUUAAGCGUCGUCCUGGUAUCAGCACCUGGAAGGUCAUGGACUCGCAACUGAAGGAAUACUCGUCCUACGAGAACUACGUUGAGGAGAACAAGAAGGACAAGAUCAAGGACAAGAUCCGCGCCACGAUGUUCCCUCCUACGGAGAAAGAAGCUGCGGAUCUUCACUUGGAGCGUUGCAUGCGCUGUCUCCCCCAGGACGAGAACACUGGUGGUUUUUUCAUCUGUCUAUUGAAGAAGGUGGCGCCUACACCGGAUGACAAGGAGGAAACUAUUUCAGACAAGGCUGAAGGUGAAGAGACUGUGGUUAAGAAGGAAGAAACGGGUGUGAAGGAAGAAGCAGCUACGGCUACCAACGCUACGGAGGCACAAAAGCCUGAUGAGGCCAGCACGAACGAAACGAAGCCUCGUAGAAGUCGCCGCAACGAAAAGAAGGGCGAAGUGUAUGUGCCAUUUGGUGCUGACAACUGGGCUACUGUGCGCGAGUAUUACGAUAUUUCUCCUGCUUUUUCGGCAAAGCAGUUGAUCACUCGCUCGGAGGACGCAAAGUCUGUCACUUUUGUAACUGAGAGCAUCACGAUGGCUCUGUUGGAGGAGAUGAAGCGCAAGAAGCUCAAGGUUGUAUACGCUGGGCUCAAGAUGUUCGAGCGUAAUGAAACCGCGGAGGGUGGCAAAGUCUACCGCGUGUGCCAAGCUGGCCUGCCGCACAUUCUUCCGUUCAUGAACAAACGAAAGGCGAAGGUGUCAACCAAGGACUUCCAGAUGAUGCUGGAAAGACUUGGUGACUUGCUGGACUUUGACGAAUUUGAGCCUGCUACGCGACAAUAUUUCGAGAACGCUCCGAUCGGUAGCGUUGUGUGUAUGCUCGAUCGCCCUGGCCAGUCCAACGUUGAGAGGCUGUAA